UGAGGGAUACAGUUCUCAGGUCUAAGCAACCCCGAGCACAUCUCAUCAAACAAUCGAAAUGGCUUUCAAGUUGGUGGUCUUCACUUGCUUGGUCGCGGUCGCCUACGGCAGCGUGGCCCCCGCGGCCAUAGCAGCGGCGCCCGUGGUCGCGGCGGCCCCGGUGGCGGCGCGGCUCGAGGAGUUCGACCCGCUGCCGCAGUAUCGCUUUGGCUACGACGUGGCGGACUCACUUACCGGCGAUUACAAGAGCCAGACAGAGCAGCGUGACGGCGAUCUGGUACAAGGCCAGUACUCGCUGAUCGACUCAGAUGGCACGCGUCGUGUUGUGGACUACACUGCAGAUCCAGUUAACGGAUUUAACGCCAUCGUGCGUAAGGAGCCGCUCGUGGCCGCUGCGCCCGCCGUCGUGGCGGAACCUGCCGUCGUGCCCGCACGCAUCGCCGCCGCUCCAGUAGUGGCGGAGCCCGCCGUCGUUUCUGCACGAAUCACUGCUGCUCCCGUCGUCACCCAACCCGCCUUUGCCCGCUACGCAGUUGCCCCUGCCGUCGCUCCCGCCAGGAUCGCUACCGCUCCCGUAUUCGCCCGCUACGCUGCCGCUCCCGUCGCUGCUCCCGUGGUGGCCGCUCGGUACGCUGCCGCCCCGGUGGCCGCCGCCGCUCCUGUGGUAGCCGCUCGUUACGCUGCUGCCCCAGUGGCCGCUGCUCCAGUAGCUGCUGCGCCAGUGGCCGCCGCCUAUAGAACUGCAGUAGCUGCGUAUAGCGCUGCCUACACAGGUCCCGUCGCGGCGCAAUAUGCUCAGUACGCCGCCCCUUUGGCGGCCUACAGCGCUCCCGCGGCCGCGGCUUAUUCCGCGCCUGCGUACGGCGCGCCCGUAGCGGCAUAUGCUGCGCCCGCAGCACCCGCCCCGGUGUUCGCGCGCGCAGCGCCCGCGAAACUCGUGGCGCCCAAUGCCGCCGGAUACUACUACCCUAUUGUAGUAUUGAUCUGCGUGCUGGGCGCCGCGGCGGCGAGCGUGGUAGUACCAGCACCGCUAGCCCCAGUAGCCCGGUUCGACCCUCUGCCACAGUACUCGUAUGGCUACGACGUUCAGGAUGCGCUCACCGGUGACUACAAAGGCCACCAGGAGCAAAGGAACGGGGACCUCGUGACCGGAUCAUAUACUGUAGUCGACCCCGAUGGCACAAGGAGGGUCGUCGACUACGCCGCGGACCCACUGAACGGUUUUAACGCGGUGGUGCGCCGUGAGCCCCUAGUGGCGCCCGCUCGGGUGGUAGCCCCGGCGCCGGUCGUGGCCCCGGCCCCUGUGUUUGCCCCCGCGCCCGCACCGGUCCUAGCACGAACGCCGUUCAAUCGUAACUCCGUACAUCACAACAACACACUACUCAAAAUGGCAUUCAGGUUUGUUGUGUUCACCUGCUUGGUCGCGGCCGCCACUGCUGGCCUAGUUCCCGCCGCUCCAGUGGCGUACGCUGCCGCUCCGGCCUACCACGCCGCCCCCGUGGCCUACGCCGCCGCGCCAGUCGCGCACGCCGCCCCAGUAACCUAUCACACCGCCCCCGUCGCCUACGCCGCACCCAUCGCUAAGGCUGUCGCCGUCGCCCCUGUCGCCAAGGUUGUGGAGGACUACAACGCGCACCCGCAGUACAGCUUCGCGUACGACGUGCAGGACGGACUCACUGGUGAUUCCAAGACUCAGCACGAGUCUCGCGAUGGCGACGUCGUCCACGGUUCUUACUCCGUUGUAGACCCCGAUGGCACCAAGCGCACCGUUGAAUACACCGCGGACGACCACAACGGUUUCAACGCGGUUGUGCACAGAGAGCCCCUCGCCGUCAAGGUUGCUGCUCCCGUAGUCGCCAAGGUCGCCGCUCCCGUCGCUUACCACGCUGCCCCUGUUGUGCAUGCCGCCCCAGCAGCCUACCACGCCGCCCCCGUCGUGCACGCCGCCCCGGUCGCGUACCACUCCGCCCCAGUUCUGCACGCUGCCCCCGCCUCCUAUUCCUCUCCCAUCUAUCAUCACUAAUUGUAUAGCUAUAUUUACCUCGUUUAGUUAGGUAAUGGUUACACUCACGAAUGCCAUGUAAAUAAAGUAUUUAUUUUAUUCUAA